AAAAUCUCCGACACGAUACGAAUAGUGAGCACUAUAAUCUCAUAGUAUUUGCGAAUCCUUGCUGAACUGGAGUAAACUUUGCUAAAAUACCAAAACAUUGGUAUAAACACACAGUUGUCCAUUUUUCAAAAUUCAGCGAAUGAUACGACGUACGAGUACUUUUUACAAUUUAUUAUUUAUCUAAAUGCAGAAAUGUGAUACAAGUUGCACUUUUUUGAAGCAGUGCAGUGUUACACAUUUUAGACUUACAAAAAAUAAUCUUGGAAUAUAGAAAAUGACACAUUAUCAGCUUUCAGUUUUCGUCGUAGCGAGUGUCUUUGCAAUUACAUCUGUAGCUGAAGAAAAUAUAUAUUGCAACAGGAGUUGUGUCGAAGAAUUUCACAACCGUACAAAUCCAGAGUUUCAAGAAUGUUUAGAUGCGCAAGCCGAUUGUGGAAUGUCCGCAUUUGCAAUAGCAAUUAAUGUCUUCAUAGGACUUCUCACCUUGGUCGGCAUUGUAGCAAUUGGAAUUCGAUGCUGCUUGCUCGCAAAACUGAUAGGAAACAGUAAAAAAGAAAAACCAGGUUAUGAAGUUGGCGACGAGGUGCAGCAACAACUUCAACCACAAAUCUGAGUUUCGUGUGCUUUCUUUAUAUUACAAUACAAUGCUAUAACGAAUGAUUUUAAUAAAGUAUUUUACGCAGAAUAUUUUAAUACA